UCGAACUAACACCACAAGGGAAAAAGAGAAAACUAACACCACAAGGGAGAGGGAGACCCAAAUUUCAGUCUGGGCCUGUUCUUGCCCAUUGACACUCUGGGCUUAACCUAUGUAUCACCACAGAAAACUUUCGCCAACACAAAUAGAGUAUUUAUCAGCUAAACAGAAGCAAAUAUAAAAAUUUCAGGACUGCUGUGCUGAAGAGACAAAGAUGGAAAAUGAAGAAGAAAAUGAAGUAAAUGACUUUCUCGGAUGGGCUGCAAAGCUUGGAAUUACAGAUUUUCCUCCUAAUCUCAACAACCCAUCUGUUAAUUCUUGUUGUUUGGGCCAUUCUCUCUGUGUUUCUCACUUCCCAGAUGCUGGCGGACGAGGUUUAGCAGCUGUCCGUGAUCUUACAAAAGGGGAAUUGAUUCUUAGAGUCCCAGAAGAAGCUUUGUUUACAACUCAAAGUGUUGUGUUGAAAGAUCACACCUUUUCUGUGGCUCUUCAACAAUAUCAGUCCCUUUCUUCUACUCAGAUACUGACUAUUGCAUUAUUGAAUGAAAUCAGUAAAGGGAAGAGUUCCUUGUGGUUUCCUUAUUUAAAGCAUUUGCCACGAAGUUAUGACAUAUUGGCAAGUUUUAAUCAAUUUGAAACACAAUCUUUGCAGGUAGAUGAUGCAAUGUGGGCAGCAGAGAAGGCUAUAGGUAAGGCUAAAUCAGAGUGGAAGGAAGCUAUAUCGCUGAUGAAUGAUUUGAAGAUAAAAAAUAAACUUCAAAGCUUGAGGGCUUGGCUCUGGGCUUCUGGAACUAUCUCCUCUCGAACAUUGCAUAUACCAUGGGAUGAAGCCGGAUGCUUAUGCCCUGUUGGUGAUUUGUUUAAUUACUCUGCCCCUGGGGAAGAAUUAGGUGAAUGUGAUGAUUUGCGUGCUCAAGGAAAGGCCUCUUGUGACAUGUCUACCAGUUCCGGCCAUGUCAAAGAUGAACCAGUGGGCGAGCAUUGUGAUAAUUCGGUGCGAUUGACAGAUGGCGGGUAUGAAAAAGAUAUUGGAUCAUAUUGCUUCUAUGCUAAAAAGAGCUAUAGGAAAGGGGAGCAGGUUCUGUUAAGCUAUGGAACAUACACAAAUCUGGAGCUUCUUGAACACUACGGUUUCAUUCUCAACAGAAAUCCAAACGACAAGGCCUUCAUUCCUUUAGAACCUGAAAUGUACAAUUGCUGUUCAUGGCCCCAAAAUUCUUUGUUCAUCCACCAAAAUGGGAAGCCAUCAUUCGCCCUUCUAUCCACCGUACGAUUGUGGGCAACACCUCCUAAUCAGAGGAAGUCCAUCGGACACCUUGCUUCAUCAGGUUCUCAAAUAUCAAAAGAGAAUGAGCUUUUAACCAUGGAAUGGAUAGCAAAGAAGUGUCAUUUUAUUCUAAAGAAUUAUGGUACAACAAUUAAAGAAGAUAAUUUGUUACUAGGCACUAUCGACGACAUGUGUGUUUCCAAAUUGAAUACCGAGUUUGAGAAAAUGCCAUCAAUGAUUAAAUGUGAAAUCCAAGGUUUCUUGGAUGUCGUUGGUGUUCCAGUUGGGGAAAUAGGAGGUAAUGUAGAUUUGUACAGGCGGUCGAAGAAUUCAGUGGAUAGAUGGAAACUAGCGGUGGAGUGGAGAGUCAGGUACAAGAAAAUUCUUGUUGAUUGUAUUUCUUAUUGUAUAGGGAGAAUUGAUGAGGUGAGCAGUUAGGGAAUUGUGUAUUUGUUCUUUGUUUUGAAAUCCUUGUUGAUGUUAUUGCAGUUGAUAUAUAUUUAUCUCAUGACAUUAAAGUA